AACGCUUUCGAGGACUGGGAGAAGCAAGAACGGCGCAUAGCGCAAGCCCAGGCGAAAAUGCACGUCCAGAAGCUAGGUGUAACCUGGGACCAGUUCGUUCAUGAUGUCGAACGCACGAGUAAGGAAGUGCAUUUCCUCACGCCUACGCGAUACGAAGCUCCCCCGAUAUCCUUGACCGCCAAUCGAGAUGCAGAAACUACCAAUAACUUGCACGCGUACAAUGCUCAGCGUCCAGAAUAUGGGGCGGUUGGGGAGCAUGAGGCGUGGAAAAAAUUACAGGAGGUUCAUGUUAAUGCCUUGGACAUGUUUGCGAGAGCGAGG